UUACCACGUGGGUUUGUUUACAAACAAACUGAAUGAGAGACUUCGAACACAAGGUCAACAGUUCCAACAAGUGGUUGUUAAUGUAGUCAUGUUCCUGUUCCAGAAAUCCAUCAAAUCAUGGAGUCUACUUUUAAGUUCACCAAUAAUGAACAUAAGGAAGAUGUCCACAGAACAAUUACUACCAAUUCUGACAUUAUAUACCAAAGAAAAUUGUUCCCUCUGUGAUGACGCAUUGGAGGUUCUUAGACCAUACAAGCACAGGUUUCAGCUAGAACAGGUGGACAUUAAGAAAAAGGAAAACAAAGAUUGGUUUAAUAAAUACAGAUAUGACAUUCCUGUGUUUCAUUUUAAUGGAAAGUUUUUAAUGAAACAUAGAGUAGACUUACAAGUAUUUGAGAAAGCACUUAAAGAAUUUAAUGAUGCUAAAACCUGAAAUUAUAUGGUUUAUAUUAUAUAAACUUUUGAUUCUCAA